ACCAUGAGGUGGUUCUCAACUUUAACUAAAGCCGAAAGCUCCUGGGGAGAUGCGACAGGAUUUAUAGGAUACGACCCGAUCGAUGGUACAUACAAAACUCUGUGCAUGCCUUUUGUUCCUGAUACUAAGACAAGGACAAAAAACAGCAACCAUCCUCGGGUUCUUACAUUGGGAUCAGCUCAAGAAUCAUGGAGAUCCAUCAAAGGUAGCUUUGAACAUUACUCUUACACUCAUGGACAAUGCAUCAACGGGGUUCUGUAUUAUGAAUCUUUUCUUAAAUAUGAUAGUGCUCAUAGCUUUAUAGUAAGCUUCCAUGUCAGAUCUGAAAAGUUCAACAAGAUACAAGUUCCAUGGAAACUUUGCCGAGGUUACCUCUUAACUUACGAGGGAAAGUUAGCUUCUCUUGUUUACUCAACCAAUAUGGAUGCCUUUAUUUCACUAUGGGUUUUGGAAGAUGCAGAGAGCCAUGAGUGGUCGUUUAGAAUAUUUUCUUUACCUUUUCCUCUAGAUGAUCCAAUUUCGCACACCCUUUUAAUACUAACGGGUGUGACUGAAGCCGGUGAGUUUGUUUACGCACCAACAACUCUGGAGAAUCCGUUUCAUGCUCUGUAUUUCGAUCCACAGCGAAACAGCUUUAGAAGAGUCAUAUAUGAAGGAAUUGCGGACAACGAAUUUAGGCGACGCAAUGGACUUGGAAACAAACCUCUCCGUAGGCUACAUAUAUUUCCCAAUCACGUAGGGAGUCUUAUGUCUUUCUAAACAUUAUUUUUGUUUUCUGUUGUUUUCCUUAGAAUAAGGCACUUAUAGUUGAUGAUUUCUUGUAAACGU